UACUUGCAUAAAAAGAGAGCGCGGGUGGAGGAGAACCUGAUUUCGACUGCUAUAUUUGCAACUCAGUCAGAAAAUUAAUAGGACACUUUUGUUUUACCGAGAAGAGGAAUCCUAAGCGACGGAUAUUUAUUUUUAUCUAGCCAUCUUCGAUAGUUUCUUCAGAUAUCCCAUAUAAUGACUUACAUUAACUAAUAGAAGAAAGGUUCUUACCUGUGCAUGAUGUGUUGUGACAACUUUAAAAGCAGAACAUUGCUGGAAAAUUCAGUUGUUACAGGAGCGACUGAUGGAAUUGGGAAGGCUUAUGCGAAGGAGCUCGCCAAACAUGGUAUGAGUAUUGUCCUUAUCAGCAGAUCCCAAGAAAAAUUGGAUCAAGUUGCUAAUGAAAUAAGGGAGCAGUUCAAAGUUGAAACGAAAACGCUUGCACUGGAUUUUGGAGAAGGAACUGAAAUUUACAAGGUUAUUGAGGCUGGCCUGGAUGGACUGGAAAUUGGCAUUCUUGUGAACAAUGUGGGAAUUUCUUACAACUACCCAGAAUAUUUCCUGGAUGUUCCUGAUCUCGACAACGUUGUCAACAAGAUGAUAAACAUCAACAUCGUGUCAGUUUGUAAGAUGACUAAGAUGGUAUUGCCUGCGAUGGUGAAGCGGUCAAAAGGCAUCAUCCUCAAUGUGUCAUCAGCUAGUGCACUCUAUCCUGUACCUUUGCUGACUCUGUACUCUGCCACCAAGUCUUUUGUGGAUUUCUUUUCGCAAGCGCUACAUGUUGAGUACAAGAGCAAGGGAAUCAUUGUCCAGAGUGUGCUGCCAUUCUACGUGGCUACAAAGAUGAGUAAGAUCCGAAGGCCAACCCUAAGCAAACCGAGUCCUGAAACGUAUGUGAAAGCUGCCUUAAAAACAGUUGGUCUUCAGAUGCAAACUAAUGGCUACCUACCACAUGCCAUUAUGGGUUGGAUUACAACAUCCCUACUUCCAACAUCUCUAGUCAUUAAGCAGUCCAUGAAGAUGAACCAAAGUCUGCGUGCCCGUCACUUUAAGAAGCUGAAGGAGAAAGGGGAUUGACAGGAUUUGCCUGCUGACCAACGUGCUCGAAAUAAAUGUGGUUCUUUAUCAUGUAAUUUUCAAAUUUCCUAUGAGCCAUGUACCAUGAUUCACUGAAUUUCUUUCUUUCUCAAAGACCAAGUCAGGAGAUUGAAAACACACUUGUUCCAUUUUUGCUGCACUGUUCAUUAAAAAAGAAUUGCAUUGGG